CUAUGCACUUUGCACUGGAACGGCAGACAUGUUUUAUUCAUUCAUGUUUUUUUUUCAGGGUGUUUUAUAAUAAAUAGAUAAAUUCCACUGUUGGCAAAGCAUAAAAUUAAAGUUGUUUUAACAUCGAGGAAAAAAACAAGACAGAGAAUAAAAGCGUUGGUAUGGUUCCUGAAAAUAAUCAAGUUUAUUUGAUAUUAUUUUGUUGUGUGGUUAUGCUAUUAAAGAUAAAAUUGUGCCCCCGUACCAAGUUAGAAAUCACAGCCGACAACAACGCACGAUGGAAAGAUACCCUUGUUCAAAAUUUACUACAAAUAUGUCCCUUAUCUUCGUUGCCAGUUAUUCGUCUUGAAAAGAAGAAAGCAGUAAACACUAGCUAGCAAAGCAAAAGUUAAUAAAGCUAAACAUUGAGUGGUUUGAAAUGGCAAACAUUAUUGUGAAUUCCCAAAAUAUAUCAUAUACUUCAGAGGAAAUCAAUAGCAAAUACAUCUAUGAAACAACAAAAGUGAAUAAACAUAAAGAUGGUAUCACUGUCACACCAACUGAAGUUCCAGUUCAUUUUAAGGUAAAGAGAAAUAUACCAAAGCUUGGUGUCAUGCUUGUUGGGUGGGGUGGCAACAAUGGUACCACUUUUACUGGUGCAUAUCUUGCGAAUAAACACAAAAUAUCAUGGGAAACAAAAACUGGUACCAAACAACCUAAUUGGUUUGGAUCAGUUUUGCAAUCUUCCACAGUUAGUUUGGGCUUCAGUGAUGAUGGCGAAGUCUAUGUUCCAAUGCAUGAAAUGUUGCCUAUGGUCAAUCCAAACAAUUUGGUUAUUGAUGGUUGGGACAUUUCGUCUAUGUCUAUUAAGGAUGCAAUGCAGCGUGCAGAGGUUUUUGAUUUUGAUCUCCAACAGAAACUAUCACCAUACAUGGACAAUAUGACGCCAAGAAAAUCAAUUUACCGCAAAGAUUUCAUAGCAGCUAAUCAAGCAGAACGAGCUGAUAAUGUCAUCAUUGGAACAGCAGAGGAACAAUUAAUGACAAUACGCAAUGAUAUCAAAGACUUUAAAGACAAAAACAACCUUGAUAAUGUCAUUGUUUUAUGGACUGCCAACACUGAGCGGUUUUGUGAUAUCAUACCUGGUAUUCAUGAUACGUCUAAGAACCUUCUCAAUGCCAUUGCUCGCAAUGAAUCUGAAAUUUCAGCAUCUUCACUAUUUGCAAUUGCAAGUAUCCUGGAAGGAAGUGCCUAUAUAAACGGUUCUCCCCAAAACACAUUUGUACCAGGCAUCAUUCAACUAGCUGAAGAGCACAAAGUAUUCCUUGGAGGGGAUGAUUUCAAGUCAGGUCAAACUAAAAUAAAAUCAGUUUUAGUUGACUUUCUUGUUAGUGCUGGCAUUAAACCUGUGUCUAUUGUCAGUUAUAAUCACCUUGGUAACAAUGAUGGCAAAAAUCUUUCAGCACCAAAACAGUUUCGUUCAAAAGAAAUUUCAAAAAGUAAUGUUGUAGACGACAUGGUUGAAUCAAACCAAGUUUUAUAUUCACCUGGAGAAAAACCUGAUCAUGUGGUUGUGAUCAAAUAUGUACCUUACGUUAGUGACAGUAAACGUGCUAUGGAUGAAUACACAUCUGAGAUAAUGAUGAACGGUACCAACACAAUUGUGGCACACAACACAUGUGAAGAUUCAUUGUUGGCUACACCUAUCAUAUUAGAUUUAGUUCUGUUGACAGAUUUGUGUCAAAGAAUAACAAUGAAGAUUGGCAAGAGUGAGGAAUACCAGGGUUUUAAUAGUAUUUUGUCUUUGUUAAGUUACUUAUUAAAAGCCCCGUUAGUUCCCAAAGGUACACCUGUCGUUAACGCUUUAUUUAAACAACGUGCAGCAAUCGAAAACAUUCUUCGAGCUUGUCUUUCUUUACCACCUCAAAAUCAUAUGCAGCUAGAAUUCAGACUUGCUGAUUCAAGUGUGUUUAAACGGGAAAUGACCCAACAAACUGCUAUCACACAAGAAAAAAACAAUAUAUGCAAUGGAAAUAUAAAAGAAUUAAACGACCACGUAAAAGUACAAAAUGGACAGGCUAUAUUAAAUGGAUAUCCUAAUUUUAAUAAUAAAUAUGAAAUAAAUGGUUUUAGACAUUAAGUUGAUAGAUAAUAGAUAAUUAGGAUAUUUUCAUUAUUUUCUAUUUUUUUUCUAUUUUUCAAAUAUCUUCACCAGUUUUAAAAUCGUAUAUACUAGUAGCACCUUUGCGUGAGAUUUUUACUUGUUCAGCCUUAAACUGUUUUCAUUAAGUUCUUAGAUUGUAAGCAUUUUUAAUUCAUUUACAGGACAUCUUUGACAAGUUUUACAAAAUUGCAACCAUUGAUUUAAUAAAAAAAUCUGCUUUUAAAAGAUAUUAUUCCUCCCUGUUUGUUUGCCUCAUUGUUCUAAUAAAAUUGUUCUUAUACAAAAAAAAAUUGCACAUGAUGUGUGUUUUACUCUUUGGUCGAAAAGAUGGUCUAUGACAUGCAAAAAAACAUUGUGCAAGCAUAGAACCAUGUAUAUAUAGAUUAUUCGUGACGAAUAUUAAACUAAUUUUUGUAUAUUUCGUAUUGUUAAAUAUUAAAUUAUUUACAUUUGUUUAGUUAGAUCCAUUUUUGAAAGAUAAUAUACUCCUUGA